AUGGAUAACUACAUCACUGGAACCAAGCUUCACUUGGUCAUGUUGUCUGUGACGCUGGUCGCAUUCUUGGUUCUGCUAGAUAUGGUUAUUAUUGCGACGGCAAUUCCUCGCCUUACAAGUCAGUUUCAUUCUCUUGAAGAUGUCGGUUGGUAUGGCAGUGCGUAUCAGUUGGCUAGUGCGUCUCUCCAACCGCUGGCGGGAAAGCUCUACUCGGAGUUCCGCUCAAAGUGGAUAUUUCUAGCUUUCUUCUUCAUCUUUGAAUUAGGCUCCCUGGUCUGUGGAGUGGCCACGUCGUCCAAAAUGCUGGUCAUUGGACGAGCAUUGGCGGGUAUUGGGUCUGCAGGUCUCGUUAACGGAGGUCUGACUAUUCUAUCCGCAUGCCUACCCUUGCACAAACGGCCUGCAUACAUUGGAGUAUUGCUGGGCGUUUCUCAGCUCGGGGUUAUAUGUGGGCCGGUUCUUGGUGGUGCAUUUACCCAAUAUGUGAAUUGGCGGUGGUGCUUUUAUAUCAAUCUCCCUGUCGGGGCUAUUGUUGCUGUCUUGUUGCUCUCCAUUCACAUCCCAGACAACAUUAGACCGCGAGAGAUUUCAGUCCUACAAACCGUCCUGACCAAGCUCGAUCUCAUCGGCUUUGGACUCUUUGCACCGGCGUCCAUUCAAUUCUUCAUGGCUCUUGCAUAUGGCGGAAACCAAUAUGCGUGGAAUAGUGCAACGGUGAUAGGGCUCUUUGGCGGUGCAACUGGCACCUUCGUCGUCUAUUUGGUCUGGGAAUACUUCCAAGGCGAUGAGGCUAUGAUCCCAUUUUCCAUGGUGAAACAACGCAUUGUGUGGUCCAGCUGUCUUGUCCAACUCUUCUUCUGGGGGGCGCUCCAGCUCACCACCUACUAUCUGCCCAUAUAUUUCCAGGCGAUCAAGGAAGUGUCGCCGACAGUGAGCGGUGCAUACAUGCUGCCCAUUCUCAUCAGUCAGUUGAUUGGUGCCGCGUCAUCAGGGGCUGCUGUCGGCAAAUUCGGCUACUACCUCCCCUGGAGUGUGGUUAGUGCCAUUUUGAUGUCGAUUGGCAAUGGCCUGUUGUGCACCAUCUCCCCAUCCACCUCGACCAAGGAAUGGGUUGGAUACGAGAUCCUGAUGGGCGCGGGGCGUGGACUUGGGAUACAGAUGCCGGUCAUCGCGGUCCAAAACACGCUUCCUCCCGACACAGUUUCGAUUUCUAUGUCGCUUCUUUCCUUCUCGCAGACCUUUGGUGGCGCCGUGUUCUUGACAGUCGGAGAAAGCAUCUUCACCAACAGUCUUAGUACAACCGUGCCGACCUAUGCGCCGGGCGUUGACCCAGAGGUGGUCAUCGCGGCGGGAGCAACGGGUCUUCGCCAGCUCAUCAGCAAGCCAAAUCUGUUAGCCGGGGUCCUGAUGGCAUACAGCAAGGCCGUGGACCGCGUAUUCUACCUUGCGCUGGGUUGUGCCUGCGCCACGUUUUUAAGCUCGUUGGGGAUGGGAUGGAAGGAUAUCCGAAAGAAGGAAGAAGCAACGCUGGAUGCGGAGGAAGAGAAGGUUUAA